AAAUAUGCCAGCUUGGGUGGUGAAGUCGAGGGUUGAAUUUUUGGGGAGGGAAUGGAACUUUGUGGAUAUAGGCACAAUCGUUUUCCUUUCCACUUUGCAUGUCCUUGUUCUUUUGGCGCCAUUUCAUUUCAACUGGAGGGCAUUUUGGUUGGCCGUGGCACUCUAUUGUCUCACAGGCCUAGGUGUCACUCUAUCUUACCAUAGGCAACUUUCCCACCGGAGUUUUAAGCUUCCCAAAUGGCUUGAAUAUUUCUUUGCCUAUUGCGGUGUAUUGUCAGUUCAGGGAAGUCCAAUUGAAUGGGCGAGCACACACAGGAAUCACCACCAGUUUACUGACACGUGGGACGACCCUCAUAGCCCCAUCAAAGGAUUGUGGUUUAGUCACAUUGGUUGGCUCUUUGAUUAUCGUUCUCGAUUUGGAAGUUAUGAAGGACGGCUAAAGAAUGUUGAUGAUUUAAAAAGGCAGAAGUUCUAUAGGUUUCUUCAUGUCACAUACCCGCUUCACUCAAUAGCUUUUGGAGUUUUACUAUAUGCCCUAGGAGGAAUGCCCUUUUUAGCUUGGGGAUUGGGUGUGAGGGCGGCAUUAUUUGCCCACGCUACUUUUGCACUAAAUUCAAUUUGCCAUAGAUGGGGCAAGAAAGUAUGGGAUACUGGUGAUAUGUCUAGAAACAACUGGGUAUUUGGAUUGCUUACACAUGGAGAAGGUUGGCACAAUAACCACCAUGCUUUUCAAUACUCAGCUCGGCAUGGCUUCGAAUGGUGGGAAGUUGAUGUCACUUGGUAUGUAAUAAGAUUUCUUGAAAUUGUUGGUUUGGCAACAGAUGUGAAACUCCCAAGUGAGACUCAGAAGAAACGAAAAGCUUUAUCCAACAAACUCAACGAGGAAAAGCUUGAAACACAAGUGAACGACACAAAGCUUGAAACCGAAGCCAAAAAUGAAUGACGGAAGCUCAAACUUAUUCUCCAAACAUUUUACCAUUCUUUUAAAGAAAGCUUUAAUUCCUAUGUGCUUUCAUCUCAUCAUAAUUAACAAAUAUUAUACGUUAUGGCCGACGUAUGUCAGGCUAUAAUAAAAUGUAAAGACAAUGUGCAAAAUGUAAUAAUGUAUACAAUUCAAUAUAUGAUGUCAUCGUGUGAAUAAAAAUAAGAAAAAUUUGUAUAAAUGUCACCUGAAUUUUUAGUUAUAUGUGUGAUUACCACUUGAACUUCCAAUUUUUACUAUUAAUCACCCGAACUUUGCAAAGUAUAGCAAUAUAUUUUCUAUUGUAACUCCGCUAAAAUUACAAUUAAAUAAAAUCACAUGUUGAACGUGUGAUAUUUUUUAAAGGACAUUUUCAUCAAUUUAUUAGAAUUAAAAAAAAACAGAAUUCAACCUAAUUAAUUAUCCCCCAACCUCUCUCUCUCUCUCUCUCU